GUAGCUCUUUACAGCACUCUCUGGGGAGUUUACGAUGUAGAAGCGUUACUAGCACAUUGCCCCCAACAAUCAGGGUCCUUUGACCAUCUUCAGAAGAAUAGAAGGCUGAGUAAACCUCAGGAUUGAACUCCUGGCAGUGGGCAGAGUCAGCCUGCAGUAGUGCCUUUUAGCACUGCGCCAACUUGGGGAUCUUGCAAGCAGUAGAAAAAGGAGAAAGGGAAGAAUUUCACAACUGCCAUCUUCAUCCAGGAGACUCUGAGCAGGUGGCCUUGGGGAAGUCCUGUGGUUCACUCCUGCUUCUGAAGCUUCUUCAUGAUGUGGUUUGAUACCAGUGGCUACCCAUGAAUUCUAUAUUCUACAGUUUGAUGGACUUCAUGGAAAGUGUCAAUCAGACCCUGCAGGUGACUGAAUUCUUGUUCCUGGGUUUCUCUGAUAUGCCCAGAGGCCGCCCCUUCCUCUUUCUGCUCUUCCUAGUCAUCUACCUCAUCACCUUGGUGGCCAACUCAAUGAUUCUCAUAUUGAUCCAGCUGGAUUCGCACCUCCACAGCCCGAUGUACUAUUUCCUCAGCCAUUUGUCUUGCUUAGACAUCUGCUACUCCUCAGUCACGAUCCCAAAGGUCCUAGUGAACCUCUUGCGCCAGCAGCCCACCAUUUCCUACAAUGAGUGCAUGGCCCAGAUGUUCUUCUUCAUGACAUGUGCUGGAUCUGAGUGUGCCAUGCUGGCUGUGAUGGCCUAUGACCGCUAUGUGGCUAUUUGUGAACCAUUGCACUAUUCUCUACUCAUGAGUAAGGAGGUGCGAGUCCCUCUGGGUACGGUUUCAUGGGUCUGGGGCCUUCUCAACUCAGCCAUUCACACUGCCCUGGCCACCGAUUUGGUCUUCUGUGGAGCCAACGAGAUCCAUCACAUCUUCUGCGAUGUCCCCCCGCUCUUGAAAAUUGCUUGCAGCAACACUUAUGUCAAUGAGAUGGCUCUUCACACAGCAAGUGUCUUUGUGGGCCUGAUCCCUUUCCUCCUGAUUGUCAUUUCCUACAUCUACAUCCUAUCUACAAUUCUGAAGAUCCGUUCUAGCACUGGAAGGAGAAAGACCUUCUCCACCUGUGCUGCCCACUUGGUUACUGUCAUUGUUUACUUUGGCAUGGCCAACUUGAAUUACAAUCGUCCAAGUGUGGGCUACUCUUUAGGGGUGGACACCUUGGUCUCCACCCUUUAUUGCAUUGUCACCCCCAUGCUGAACCCCCUAAUCUACAGCCUCCGAAAUAAGGAGGUCAAAGGAGCCCUACGAAAACUUUUGAGCAUUCAGGAGAAGGAAUAUACAUCACCUGGAAAGCAAUGAAGGAAAAACUAGAUCUCCUUCCUAACCCUUUCUGCUUAUCCUUGUCUGUAAAGUAGCAACAGUUGGAGGGGAAGUAAGUACACAGGGGAAAGAAGACCAGGAGAUUCUAGGGAGAUCCACUGGUUAAUUGUUCUCACUCAACAAAUCUUUCCAAUUUUUGUGCAUAGAAUAAUCUCACUGCAGUUAUCGUGUACAAAAACCAAUUUCUGUAAUUUUUUUUCCAAUUGUUUGUCCAUCAAACCUCUGGGCUCAAUUGUAUAUUAAUAUUAAUCUUUAAAAUCCUCUGAAUUCCUAUGCUGAUAUAUCGCUGGUUCGCGGCGUCGCUAGUCGUACGGAGAGACUUCUCUCCUUGCCGGCUAGAUUUCCCUCCGUCGGUGGACCCUUAUUCGGGUCCAAAGUCGCCCUGGAGGGUGCGACUUCGUCGAGGAGGCUGCUGUCUGGUUGAGGAGGAGCGGUGGCUCCUCCAGCUGUCCAGACGAUCUCCGAGGGCCAACGGAAAAGAAGAUCGGCCAGUAAAAUGGCCGAUCGCCCUGCCGCUUCAAACCAUAAGUCAGAGAACAUCUAAGUUGUGAGUGCCCCUGUGGUGAGCCCGGAUGAGAACUUUCUUUGUAACUCUCUCUUUUCUAUUUUUUUUUUUUAUAUAUAUAUAUACCUGUAAGAGCUUUUGGAACUAUUUCCCUGGCUUGGAAAGGAGCUUCUACAUUUUUUGGGAAGAAAGGUGUUUUGUAAAUAUAGAAAAAGACUCUAUUUUACUUCUAUAUAUAUCUUUUUCUUUGGAUACAAAAAAGGAAAAAAGACAGAAAAGGUUUUCUCUCUUUGCAAGAACUGUAUUAUUUCUUUUCUUAUAUACUAUACUUCAAAAGAGAGAAAAAAGGAAUUGAUUUUUGGAAAAGACCUUUUUUAAUUCAUCGAGGACAUCUAGUGGCAAAAGUUUGAUACUGCAAUUUCAGGCUAUUUUCUUAAAGAUGGAACACUGAACUUCAAAAUUCUUUUGAGGAAAAGAUAAGCUGUGCAGCUGUGGAAGCUGUGGGGGUGGAUGUUUUUUGCAUUAAAUGUAGCCUCCACAAAAAAGGAAACAAGACCUUCUUUUAAGCAUUAGUAUUAAAAUGGAGAAACCUCAGCCACAAUUGAACUAUAUACUCAUAUUGGAACAGAUUUAUGAGGCCACUGCAGAAAUAUAUGCUACAAUUAAAAACUAUAUUUUAGAAUUCAGAUCCAGAGAUUCUACUACAUUUGUUCAAAUUGAUGUCCAGGCUACAUCUGACUAUGGUAUAAAUCAAAAUAUACCAGAAGAGGAAUCUAUAGAGAUAGAAGAGGAACUUAUUUCACCUGACAACCCUCUCUUCUGCAACUUAGAGAAUCAGAAGAGGCAAAGACUAAGAUCUCAAACCAUAAAGCAACGACACUGCAAGGAGAAGAGAAAAAGAUGUCUAUUGCAGAGGAAGGGAUUUAUAUUUUCUCAAAGACUACUACAAGUAACAAAACUGGCUGAAAGGGAAGUGUUGUUAUGGAAGCC